AUGGCUUUCGUGGCGGACCGUGAGGCUGCGGUGAGGGAGGUGGCGCAGGUGUACGAGCUCAUCAAGCUCCAGCAGCCUCCUCUCCUCCUCCACUCGCAGCAGCCACAGCCGUCGACGACCCAGCUGGCGCAGAGCCUCCUCAGCAAGGCGCUGCGAACACUCAACGUCGCCCUUUCCGUCAUGAAGCAGCAGCAGCAGCCUGCUGCUCCUGUGACACCAACAAGCGUCAAAGCUGAGCCUCAUCAGUUCUCGCCGCCCAGCCCGGCGUCUGCUGACUCCCAAGCCGCCAUAGUACCCAGCACGGCAGCAAGCAAGAGGCGCCAAAAGAAGAAGAAGGUAUCAUCAGUAGCGAUGGAAGGGAAGAAGAAGACCUCGUCGUCAUGGGCGACGGUAACCGCCGUGCCCUACGACGACGGCUACGAGUGGAGGAAAUACGGCGAGAAGAAGAUCAACGGGACGUUCUUCACGAGGAGCUACUUCCGGUGCACCUACAAGGACGACGCCGGCUGCCAGGCCACCAAGCACGUCCAGCAGAUGGACAACAUUAGCGACGACCCGCCCAUGUUCCACGUCACCUACAACAACGACCACACCUGCAACACUAGUGCCAAAGCCAACACCGGCAGAAGCAGCAGCAACCUCGCUGCAUUGCUAGCAGGCUGCUGCAACAUGAAGCAAGAACCAACUGGGCAUGCUGCUGCGGUGGCGGCGGCCAUGAACAUGAAGCAAGAACCACCGCCGCUGCUGCUGCCUCCUCUGGUGGACCUCCAGCCUUCUGCCUGUUUUCCUCAUGAACAAAUUCCACAGUGCCAAGAGCCGCUGUUUCCUGUAAGUAUGGAGCAGCAGUUCUGUGGUGCUUUUAGAGACGAUGAUAGUGAGAUCCCGUCGGCUACUGGUUCGUGCAUCUCCGGCGAGACCAGCUGGGAUGGGUAUUCUGGGGACAUGGCGGCGGCUGAAGAUGACCCUCUCCAUGAUCUCGAGCGUUUCCUCUUCAUGGACUACUAG